AUGUCCAACGGCAGCUCCAUCACGCAGUUCCUUCUCCUGGCAUUUGCAGACACACGGGAGCUGCAGCUGUUGCACUUCUGGCUUUUCCUGGGCAUCUACCUGGCUGCUCUCCUGGGCAACGGCCUCAUCAUCACAGCCAUAGCCUGGGACAACCACCUUCAUACCCCCAUGUACUUCUUCCUACUCAACCUCUCCCUCCUCGACCUGGGUUCCAUCUCCAGCAUUGUCCCCAAAUCCAUGGCCAAUUCCCUCUGGGAAAAAAGAGCUAUCUCUUAUCCAGGAUGUGCUGCCCAGGUCUUUUGCUUUCUCUUCUUCAUUGUAGGGGAGUAUUGUCUUCUCACUGUCAUGGCCUAUGACCGCUACGUUGCCAUUUGCAAACCCCUGCACUAUGGGACCCUCCUGGGCAGCAGUGCUUGUGCCAAAAUGGCAGCAGCUGCCUGGGGCAGUGGUUUUAUCAAUGCUGUGCUUCACACUGCCAAUACAUUUUCAAUACCACUCUGUCAAGGCAAUGCUGUGGACCAGUUCUUCUGUGAAAUCCCCCAGAUUCUCAAGCUCUCCUGUUCAGACUCUUACCUCAGGGAAGUUGGGCUUCUUGUGGUUAGUCUUUCUGUAGCUUUAGGGUGUUUUGUUUUCAUUGUGCUGUCCUACUUGCAGAUCUUCAGGGCUGUGCUGAGGAUCCCAUCUGAGCAAGGAAGGCACAAAGCCUUUUCCAUGUGCCUCCCUCACCUGGCUGUGGUCUCCCUGUUUGCUAGCACUGCCAUGGUUGCCUACCUAAAUCCCCCUUCCAUCUCCUCCCCAUCCCUGGAUCUGGUGGUGACAGUCCUGUACUCAGUGGUGCCUCCAGCAGUGAACCCCCUCAUCUACAGCAUGAGGAACCAGGAGCUCAAAGACACACUGAAGAAGCUCAUUCAAUCAGCUGCCCGUGUCUCUUGA